ACAGUAAUACGAUUUGCUGUUACUUUGUCUAGUUUUGAUAAAACCAUGUAAAACUUGACAUAGUUUUUCGAAGUGAAAAUCCUCAAACUGUUUUGGCUCCAAGUAGACUUUUUCAUUCAUAUAUGAAUAUACUUAUAUGAACUACCUGCUUAUUUCUGUGCUGAAAAGGAGGUACUAUUUAUUCGAAGUAGAAUGUAAACGAAGGUUGACUUUGCAGGCAAAUAGGAGUACGCUACAAAUGUACAUACUAAUAUAGGAUACAAUACAGAAACCAUCUGCAUUCGGGCUUUGCUUUAAGUAAAUAACCAUUGCGAGGUAGCAUUGAGUGCGAACAAUAACAGACCGUAGUGGAUUAGCAGAGCUCUUAACGUUUAAGGAAAAAUUUUAUGGGAUAUCUGAGUUUGCAAUAACGAGUGCAGGCAUGUUAACGGCUGCAUUAGUGAAAUUCAUUUUCCUACCCUUAUUUUAGCUUACGCAGAGUCCUUUGAAUAUAUAACAGCAAGCAACUUCAGAGAAAAGGCCAUUCAGAUCUGUACGAUCUCUCAGUUCACACACAUCACAGUGUUAUUAGGUUUUAAAUUUUAAAUAGCGAAUCUUCCUACAACUAACAAAAUGGAGCGUAAUUCAAUGAAUAUUCCAUCGGCUAACCAACACGUUAUCCAUAACAUAAACCAUCAUAAGGCAGAAAUAAUAUAUUCAAGUGCAGGCGGAUCCAGCCAAAUGCGAUACUUAUGUGAACGCCCGAUGAUGCUCAAUACAUGGACACAGACGUCAAAUGCGGAUCUCGGCAUUAGUGAUGACUAUAUAAAUGUAGAGGAGCAAAAGCAAAGAGAGAAAGAAUUAUUAGAAAAAAUACGUGAGCUUGAAUCAAAACUUCGUACUCAGUCAGAAAUGCUUUCGCAACAACCAGCAGGUAGCCGUAGGAGAAACUCUAAUCCAAAAAAAGCUAGAAGCCCGCGACAACGGUUACAAGAAGUAAUCGUAGAUCAAAUACCCGUUCAAAUACAAGAAAACCAUCCCCACGAUGGGCAAAGUCCACAGCAUGAACAAUAUACAGAAACAAAAUUUCAGAUAUAUAAUACUCAGGUGAGUCCUAGGAAUGUACAUUGUGAGGAAUUGUCACAAACACAGAUAUCUCCACAACACCAACCGGAGCAGCAUUCUUCAGAGCAGCAGAGUAUUAUGCAAACUCAGUAUAUGUCGCAAAAUAUGGAUAUAUCUAUUCAACCUCAGGAAUUGCAUAUUGAUACUAUACAAGAUCGACCACGUAAGGUGAAUUACACAAUAAUAGCUGAUGGCGGUGUUAACGGUCAAGAUGGGCCUAUAGAGAUAGAAAUUGCCGAAGAAGAAAAUGGCUUAAACUUAAAUGGUUCUGCUGAUUCCGACCGUUUAGAAAUAUGCUUGGCUGAGGAACAGCCUCAAACGCCAGUAAAUGUUAAUUAUAUUAAAAUCGAUAAUGAUGCGGGCCAGAAUCAACAAAUUCCUGCUCAGAAAGCCUCCGGAAAAAGGAAACGAAAAGUGUCUAAAAAGAAUGUUGUACAGAACACCGAUAAAAACAAUGGCGAUCUUCCAGAAUUCAAACCAGUGGUAUCAGAUUAUUCACAAUUCACAGAAAAUUGUGAAAUGUCUCAACAACAGCAGUUAAUAGUAGCGGACAAUAACCACUCCAAUCUACCGACCCAACAGCAAUUAAGUGAAAUCACAAACAAUGUGCAAGAAUUUAGAACUUUAGCAAACUCCGAGUUUAAAAAGAAUUCUUAUAUAUCGAUUGGGCCAAACAAUACCCGAGUACCGACUAAAAUUUACGAUAGUAUUAAUUGGGAAAAUGCAUCGAUGGCCACAAGAAAACUCAUGAUAGGUGUUUUCGAUCGUUUUACCUUAGCCACUCACUCAAUGACUGGAAAACCAUCUCCGGCUUUUAAAGAUCAUAAUAAACCACUCAAGAAAAGGUUAAACCCUUUAAAAGUACAAGACAUCAUAUUUGCAGUUAGUAGACGAAGUAAAGUAAACGAAAAGGAGGUGCGUACUGUUAUUACCACCAAAUGCGCCGAUGAAAAUAAAAUGUGGAAAUUAACACAGGCCAAACUCAAGGAGCAAAAGGAGCAAAAUAAAGAAAAUGUUGCAAAUGUUCAAAAUGUUCAAAAUGUUGCUUAACGUACAAUAUAGAAUUAACUAUAAUAUAAGCAUUCAUAUAUCAUAUUAACUAGAUAAGUGGAACAAAUAAUCACAAAAACUCUUUCAUUGAUACUUACUGUCAUAUAAGAGAUUUUAAGAAAAUUUCAUCGAUCUCCUAAAAGUUUGGUAAACAAGUACUAGAAUGAAUACCAAAGAUAAAUGAGGCCAAAUACAUUGCACAAUCAAAACUUUAAAAA